AUGUCGGUGCUCUUCCCCUGGGUUACUGCUCCAGACCUGAGCUUCGAGGGCUCUGACACGAGGGUGGCCGGCAUCCCACCAGCCUGGCUUGCCUGCCUUCGAGGCCGGGAGCGGGGAGGCUGCGUGGCCGGAGACGUCUCCCUGGGGCAGGCAGGGCUCGGUGGCAGUGUGCGUGCUUUCCGCCGGUGUGCCCCAGAGAAUGUAACCCAAACGGCAGAAGAAGAAAAACCCAAGCCUCUGACCAUCCAGGAGAUCAAACAGAAAAUAGAAAAAUACAACGCAAAAGUUACAAACUGCCUGCUGAUGAAGCUGAACGAUGAUGGGACCUACACAGGCUUCAUUAAAGUGCAUCUGAAGCUGCGCCGCCCCGUGACGGUUCCGGCAGGGAUCCGGCCACAGUCCAUCUACGAUGCCCUCAAGGAGGUGAACCUGGCUGACAUGACGGACAAGAGAACCUCGUUCUACUUGCCGCUGGAUGCCAUCAAGCAGCUCCACAUCAGCAGCACGACGACGGUCAGCGAGGUGAUCCAGGGGCUCCUGAAGAAGUUCAUGGUGGUGGAUAAUCCGCAGAAGUUUGCACUUUUCAAGGAGAUGCGGAAAGAUGGCCAAGUGGGAUGCAUUCUCCAUCCCAGAGCUACAGAACUUCUUGAUGAUACUGGACAAAGAAGAAAAGGACAAAAUUCAGCAAGUGCAAAGGAAGUACGAGAAGUUCAAACAGAGACUGCAACAGACCUUGAAAGAAGCCAGAGGCAAGCCUGGAUAACCCUUCGGGAGGUACUGGGCAUCAGACUAAGCUAG